GAAGUGUAAGGAGUAGUGAAUGUCAAACUGUAGCAUGGUGACUACGUUAGCAAGAUAGCCAAAAUAAAAAUGUCAGGAAUCAGUUUAUUUAGGAUAUUUACACUAACAAAAUGUACCACGGGCAGGAAUCCAACGGUGCUCUGUCAGAGCAGCUUAUUAAACCAGAUACAAGCACGAGGAUACGCGAAAAAAGGCGCUACGAAAGGCAAAGGUAAAGGCAUGCUGAAGCAGGAGCUUGUGGGUCCGGAGGUGUGUAAAGACCCUGUCAGGCUGACCACAUAUGCAGUCGGGGUUAAUAUUUACAAGCAAGGAGAAGACCCUAAACUGAAGCCCCCUGAGGAAUACCCAGAGUGGUUGUUCAAUCCGAAAUUGAGAACACCCAAAAAGCUGCAUGAGCUGGAGCCAGACACAUGGGAGUACUGGAAGUGUCUGAGGAAGGAAAACAUAUGGCGUUCAAAUAGACUACAUAAGGGGAAAAAGUUUUAGCCCUUCCCUGGACUGGACUCACAUUGGAUGUCUCUUAUUGUGUACAGCUGGAUGUCUGAUAUGGGGUUUAUGAAGACCACCCGAUGACUCAGCUCAUACUGUCAAAAUAACUCAUCCAGUGUGUUGUUUUAUAACAUGUUGGCCUUCGGAUGGUAAUGGCUUAAACAUGAAAAAUGCUCAAAUAUUGUUUAUUUAGACCCAUGAAUAUUCAACUGAAGGAAACUUGUUAAUGAGUUGGUGUAAUACAGAGGAGAAAUACUUCACACUUUACGACAGUAACGGCUUAAACAUUACAAAUAACUCAACAUGCCUUGUGUUAUACAGCAUUUGUUUUAGGGUUUGGAUGAAAUAAACAUGUUGUCAUUUUUCCAUAUCAAGUAAGAGGGCCUGAUUAUGUUUCAUUAUAUGUUUUACUGACUUAUUAUAAAUAAAUUUGUGUAAAAAUCCAUCAAA